GAGCCUCCCCUUGUGUCAGUCACCAUGGUGGCAUACAGCAAAAAGCUGUGGCGGCGGACCCAUCGUCACUUUUAAACCCAUCAUAAUGAUUUUUUAAAGGUUGCCUUUGUACAUGUAGCCUAUACAUUUAUUAUUUAAAAAAAAUGGACAACCGGUUAUUGUCAGGAUAGAUUAGUAGUUUGCUAUUUUAUUUGAAGGCGGAUACAUUGAAUUGUGGCAAAAUCAAGAAUGCUGAAGAUACAUAUAUUUGCUUUUAGCGUCGGCUUAGAUAAAGGAACAGUUCUUCCAUAAUACAACUGUAUAGCGACACGUCUACUGGGACUUGGAUUCAGGAUUCUUCGAGCCGCACCUUGAUAGCAAGUUUUUUUUUUGUUGGGAUCGGUGGCAGCCUUUUGAUAUCGGUUUGGGGACAGAAGAAACCCCUAGGCUCACAUUGUGGCCUGGCCAUUGUGGCCUGGGACUGAUACAUUUCCGAUCUUUCGACCACUGGAGUUCUCUUAUUAGUGGAUAACAGACUGACUGUGGCUUGGUCUGUGAAUAUCCAGUCCGCGAAUAUUUGCACAUUGUCAACAUUCUAAGCAAUUUAAUUAUUUGAAAUUCGGGUCUUCAAAACAAUGGCGUCUUAUGUCGAUAACAGUUUUCGUCAAGCUGUGAUGAUGAAUCCGGCAGAAAGAACGCAACAGGACCUGGAGAUAGUCUACUCCUAUCUUCACGGGAUGGAGGCCCUUUCUAACCUCCGAGAACACCAGCUGAGGAUAAUAUGUGAGACAGUGCGCUAUGAAAGACACGAAGCCAAUGAAGUGCUCUACUACCCAGAUGACGUUGGAAGCUGCUGGUUUAUUCUACUGUCCGGGUCCGUCUUCAUCAAGGAGUCCAUGUUCCUGCCAAGAAGCAGUUUUGGAAAGCGUUCUGCAGGGAGCCUGAGACGCGGAUGCGAGUGCAUCGUUCUGGAACCUUCCGAGAUGAUUGUGGUGGACUAUAUGGACCAAAAUGAGGAGUACUUCCAGCGGCAAGCAUCGCACCGACAGUCCCGCCGGAGGUUCCGCAAGAUCAACCAGAAGGGUGAGCGGCAGACCAUCAUCGACACGGUGGACCCGUACCCCACCGGCAAGCCGCCCAUAGCCAGGGGAUACCACACGGAAUGCAUUAAAGCUCAGGCCGGGUGCAUGCACUCUGACACGGUCACCGGUUGUACGGUAUUUCCUCCAACACAUUGGUGCGGCUGGCUUCCAGGUUAA